AUGUCCGUCUUCGUCUCUGGUGCAACAGGUUUCAUUGCUCAACAUAUAGUCAAUGACUUAUUACAACAAAAUUACAAAGUUAUUGGUACUGCUAGAUCGCAAGAAAAGGUUGAUAAAUUAAUUAAACAAUUCGGUAACAACAAGAACUUUUCUAUGGAAAUUGUCAAGGAUGUUGCUGAUAUCAACGCUUUUGACGACGUUUUCAAGAGACGUGGUAGUGAAAUUAAAUAUGUUUUACACACAGCUUCUCCUUUCCACUUCAAUGUCACUGAUGCUGAAAAAGAUUUAUUGAUCCCAGCUGUCAAUGGUACUAAGGGUAUUUUGUCUUCAAUCAAAAAGUAUGCCCCAAAGAACGUUGAAAGAUUUGUAGUCACUUCUUCUUUUGCCGCUGUUUCCGAUUUAGAAGAUCAAUCUAAUUCUAAUGUCAUCUACACAGAAAAGGAUUGGUGUAAAUUAAACUGGCAAACUGCCCAAGCAAAUGCUGUUGCCGCUUAUUGGGGUUCCAAGACUUUUGCUGAAAAAGCUGCUUGGGAGUUCUUAGAAGAAAAUAAGGAUUCAGUUAGCCUAAAAAUUACUGCUAUCAACCCAGUCUAUGUUUUUGGUCCUCAAUUAUUCGAUGAAGAUGUUACUGCUAAACUAAACACUUCCUGUGAAUUUAUCAACAGUUUAGUACACUCUACUCCAGAGACUAAAGUCGAAAAAACUUGUGCUGGUAACUUCAUCGAUGUCCGUGAUGUUUCCAAGGCCCACAUACUUGCUUUCCAAAAGGAAGAAACCAUUGGUAAGAGAUUAAUUUUAAGUGAAGGUCCAUUCGGUAUGCAAGACAUCGUCAACACUUUAAACAAGGACUUCCCACAAUUGAAGGGUAAAAUUGCUCCAACUUACGAAGAAACUGAUGUUAAACUAAAUAAGAACUUUGCUAAGAUUAAUAACGAUGAAACAAAGAAGAUUUUGGGCUUUAAAUUUAGAACUUUCGAUGAAACCGUCGAUGACACUGCUAAACAAAUUUUAAGAGUGGAAAAGAGAUUAUAG